AUGACCAACCUCUCUGAUAUACGGAAAGAGAUCUUCGGAGACAACGAUUCCAAACGAAUUGUCAUUAAAGUGAAUACUAAACUCCUUGAUCCUCAAGACUAUCGUGCCUCGGCGAACAGUGUUGCCAGCGAAAUCUUUCCUAAGUGGGAAAAUGACUCUCGGAUUCUCUUCCUCGCUAUUGAUGUGUGGAGUGAACGAACGUUCAUCGUUAUUGACGUCAACCGCCAUGAUUACGACUUUCGCACAGCGCACAAAACCAAGACCAUUCUUCCUGUCUAUGUGCUUCGGCAGCGUGGGAAAAACCGUGGCUGGGUUCUUAUAAGGUGGCCCCAGGAGGAUGAGCCCCUUGCUGAGAAACUAGCCGAUCUUCACAAUGUCAAUGGGUUUGACAUCCCGACGCCUUUCCUGGAAAACCACAAUUCACGCAUCGUACACGCCAAUCCCCGCGAGUUUCCUGUGUGA